CUAUGUCCACGUGAAGUAAAGGAAAAAAAGUACACCCUACAGAAAACAUUUUAUUUUACGAAUUAUGUCGCGAAUACAAAUAAGGCUGAUUCCAGAGCGCAGCUGGCAGGGUCGGUUCAAAAUGGCGUGCAUGGGCAAGAUUUGUAAGACGAGGUACGGUGGUACGCCUGUGAUCUGCGGUGGUUGACAAGAAGGCAAUGAAUAUAGUAAUUGACUUAGGCGUGAUGUAGUUAGAGUUACAACAUGGAAGGGGAAACAAGUGAUGAAGGAAACUGUGAUUUUGGUGACAUUGGGAUCACCCAAACUAGUGCUAUUGAGGCAGGAGAUAAUUCUGGUGGUACUGUGACAUCCCCGGUGUGUCCUGCUGCGGAGAACUUUGAGCCUGAGACUGACCCACCCCUGACAGAAGUGUCCAACCAGGAUGGUGUGAAGUCUGCUGCAGAGAGUGCCAGCCUUAGUCUGAGUAGCCAGUCAGCACAUGGGCCUCAUUUUAUCAUUCUGACAGAUGGAGAACAAGCAGGGACAGUUGAAGUGGGUGAUAUACCCUUGCAGAAAAGAAUAAAACUGGAGGGAGAAAAUCAAACAUUUUAUGUCACUGUUCCAGCAAAUUCAGCAGUUUUGUCAGACCAGCUGAACAGUGAAGAUAAACAGCAGGGCAUGGCUACUAGCAGUAAGCAGGGUGGAGUUGUGCCGGAUGGGGUAACACAGGCAUGGUUUACAACAAGAGAUGAUAAGAUGGCCAUUCGGAAUCAAGGUGUUACUUGGAAGCAGGGCCACUGGACCAAAGAUGAGGUGGAAUUACUGCAGUCAAAUAUUUCUGAUUACUGCCAGAAAUGGGAUAUACCGGACCCUACUGAUAUCAUUUUCAAAACUUCCAAGGAACAACGAAAGGAUUUUUAUCGCACAGUAGCACGAGGACUCCAACGACCCUUAUUUUCUGUGUACCGUCGAGUGAUACGAAUGUAUGAUCAGAAGAACCACAUUGGAAAAUACAGCUCAAAUGAAAUGGAACAGUUACGAGAUUUGAGAAGAAAACAUGGUGCUGACUGGGCACUGAUUGGUGCUGCUUUGGGCCGCAGUGCGUCUUCUGUGAAAGACAAGUGCAGGUUGAUGAAUGAUCGUUGUAACUCAGGUAAAUGGUUACCUGAAGAGGAGAAGCGAUUAGCAGCUGCUGUAUAUGAGCUAACAGGGUGUCAAGCAGGAGAGAGCAUCACACAUGGAUUGUCAUGGUCACUUGUUGCUGAGAAAGUGGGUUCCAGAUCAGAGAAGCAAUGCCGAACAAAAUGGUUGAACUUUCUCAACUGGAAAGUGAAAGGUGGCACAGAGUGGACAAGAGAAGAUGAUAUCAAUUUAGUUUUGAAAAUAAGUCAGCUGGGUGUAACAGAUGAAACAGAGAUAGACUGGCUAGAAUUGGCUAAGAAUUGGUCAAGUGUUCGCUCCCCACAGUGGUUGAGAGGGAAAUGGUGGUCAUUAAAACGGCAUGUUCAGGAUUACCAAAUGUUGCCUUUCCGUGAAGUUGUAGAGUGUCUGAGAACAAUGCAUUUAGCUGUGAGAUUAAAAUCGUCCAAUGGUUUGAACAUGAGAGUUGCUCGGGUGGAGGCCCCAGUACCUCGUUUGAACCUUCCCGCAGAGAUGUCCACUCGAUUACCACAAGAUAUUUGUGUGUCUGCCUCACCAAACAGCGGAUCAGUGUUGUCCUCUGAGGGAACGUCAGAAGGUGACUCGUUGCAUGCUUAUGAGGUGCUGCACCAGUUAACUCCAACGAGUUCAGGAACAUUCCUCAUCACUCAGCCCAACAACAACCCAGCCAUCUCCUUGACUGGCAACACCAUGACUACAGACCAUAUCAUAGUGCACACCUUACCUGUUAACAACCAGGGCAACAACAAUGUGGCAGUCCAACUGAACAACCCUCGUGUCAUUAUUGACUCUUCAGAAGAGCAGGUUACAUCCCUGGACAGUACAAACCUGACAAAUGCCAUACAACUAGCUGGGAAUCUGGUCCAGCAAGACAGUGAAUCCAAUUCCUUCCAAGUUAGCCUUGCAUCAUCAGCUGAUAUCCAACAGACAGACCUGGAAGACACAGACCUUCAGCUCAAUCACCAAGGGGAGAUAAUACACGUUGCCUUAAAUGAGACUCAGGGUGAGCUUGGACAGUCAGCAUUAGGUGAUAUAGAAAACACUCCAGCAGUUACGUCAGACUUAGUGCUGGUCAGUUCCGCCUCCCCACAGUAUGUACAGGCCGGAGGCACAGAGGGAAGGUUGCUCUCCAGUCUUGCAGACCCAAUGCUGACCUCCCAAAGUGUGGACUUGAUAUGCACCACGUCGGAUAUGGAUGGGGAAAAAUCUCAGGUCACAGAAUCUGACAUGCCUCCAAUAGAGACGUAGACUCUUAAUGUGGAAGGUUCCAGGCCUUGAAAUAAACGAAGUUUAACAACAUCUUUAUUAUAUCAAUGAUAUUUAUUAUAUUAUAUUUCCGAACAAUAUUGAACAUUUGUGUUUGUGAAGAAAGAACGUAGAAACAUGGUACAUUGUACAAGGUUGCAUUUUGAAUGUAUUUAUAAGACCUGAAUGUUUGGAAAGUCUGAAUCUUAAGGAAAAGUCUUAAUGUUUGAAAAAAAAACUGUCUGUACUUGAUCAUACAUGUAUAUGAAUUUGUUUUGUUUUCUCCCGCCAGAAAUAAAGAAAAAUUAUGAAUACUAUAACACAGAAAGCAGGAGUCACAGAUUUGGCGGAAUUUCUUCCUUACACCAUGAGAACAUUGAAUUUGAUUCAAGUUCAGUGGGGAUCACCCACUGCCUUAUUUCUGAAAAUGUUUAGCUAUCUAGUGAACCAGUUACUACCAAGGGCUCGAUUUGUUUGACGGAUGAUAACAGACGUUAUAUCUUUUAUGAAUGCUGAUUGCAUAAAUUCGCCAAACUUUACCUGAUGUAAAAUGGUACUUUUAACAUCAUAUUCGCAUGAGAGUGUACUCUUUAUUAUAUUUCCAACAUUGAUAUGGACAGUUAGAUUGAUGGCAUUGCUGAGAUAAAGUAUCAAGGGGAAAAACAUACCGCUUAUGUGUGAAAAGUUACCAAAUGCCAGUUACCACAAUAUUGUAUUCCGUGUUUUGGUUGUCCUACAUUUUGCCUGUGGGCAACAACGUUCUCAAAUAUAUUAUAUUUGGUUAUAUUAAGUUUACAAGGGAUGAGUGGAAAGCCAUCACACAUCAGCUGUGUAUUUGGCUUUUAUUGGACUACUAACAUCUCGACUGUUAGGUUAAGGGUUGGCGGAAAUUGGAGUAAAUUUGUCAGGUUAUUGACAAACAUCCGCACCGGAAGAUUUCACAUUUUAAGUGUCGGCCAUACGAACAAUAUGUGCAAUGGAUAUAGGUAUGUACUGUGGGUUUUAUUUUAUUCUUUACGUAAUUCUGCCUAUGUCAUGCUACUAGGGAGCGUGUAAUUCUAUACUAUUUAGAACAUGGUAAAACUCCGGUAAAUUGGCAGGAGGUCGGAAUUCAUCGGUUAUUGAGGAACGUGUCAACAAUUACCACACUGUCGUCGUUGCUCUGAUUUAACUAAGGACUAACAGCUUGUUGAACUCUUCAGAUUUCUAAUAUUAAAUAGAAAGAGCGGAAAUUUCAGAUUCUUAUAGGCGACUAAAACGAGCGCAUGGUGGGUAAAAACCAUUCACUGAUAUUUCCAACACAAAUCUUAUCAUGGACCAUGUUCUUAGAAAUAAUGACUGGAUUUAUAGUAGUAAACUCCAUAUAAGGAACACAAAGGCGGUAUUUUGUAAUAUUCUGCUUUCAAACAUAAAACGUGCAUGGUUUUUGCGAUGCAAAACACGAUCAUUCAGCUACAACUGACCAAGGAGAUACUGAAGUGUACGCUAAAAUUUAGCAGUUACAGACCUACUACAUCGAAAGUUAAAAUCUCGUUUAAGUUGAAAUUACAAUGUUCGCCCCAUUUUUUUUAUUCAAAUGGUCGCUUUCGAGGAGAUACUUAAAUCGCAUCGUGUGAAUUAAGAACUAUUGAGCAACCCAUGUAGGGGAAGAAUCGUCCUUCAUGGUUCUCCUUGGAGCAAGCCCAUUCACCGUUUUGCGGAAUCGCUAAAACAUAAGGUUUACACAAACGUUUAUAGGUCGUCAUAUAUCGUACCUAUAUAAUGAAUAUACUGCUAUAUGAAAAACAGAUGUACGAUCUAUCAGGCGUUUAUUUUGCGCCGUAGUUUCAUCCACCAUCUAUUAGCGUGUACACUGACAUUUGCUAAAUUACUUUCGUGCGAAAUCCAUGUAUGGACAAAAAACCUACAUUGAAAUUAUGUGUUUUUUAAUAUAGAUACAAAUGAUAUUACAUAUAACCUGUAUACACACAUUUUCAAGGAUGUGAAUUUAUUCUAGAUGUCACGCCGUAUGGUUAAUCUUAGCAUCAUUGCUAUUCUGAAGGCAAAAUGCAUCUGCCUACAG